UUCGGAUCCAACAUUCAGUUGAGUUCAGUUCAGUUUUCGCGUCGGAGAUGGUCGCAUGAAAGCUCGGAUGAAAGCUGCCAUCAAAGCUCCACCGCGCGAAGUUACCCCUAAAAAAGUGUCCGUGGUGUGAUUAAGUUUCCUGCAUGAUCGUCCCAGUGUUUUCUUUAUUUUUUCUGUGAAUGUGUUUUAGUGUCUGAAUUUUGAUUUUGUGUUUUUUUGAUUUUUUUUUGAAAAAAUGGCGUUGUUUUGGCGUACGGUCCUUGGUCUGGCUUCGAUCACUUCGUCGAUGGCGAUUUUUAUUGGCGGAGAGCAGGAUGUAGGAAGUCCCCUAAGGGUCGCACAAUGCAGAGCUACUUGUCUUGAAAGGUUUUCGAACGACGGCCCUAAUGGAGAGUCAAUGUGUUUGCAAGGUCCCGAUUGUUUCAUGUGUUGGGAAAACUGCGAGCUAUUGCAGUCCAACUUCCAAGUGUGGGGGGUCAUGUGCGAAGAGAAAGAGAUCUGUUUCCCUGGCUGUCAAGAGGCUUGCAGAUUCCACGCGGAAGCCUCCACGCAAAUCCAGCAAACACAACCGGUCAUCCACACCAAAGGCGAGGGAGUUAUCCAAGUCUCGGGGGCUCUAGCCCGGUGGCCAAGGCCGUCAUCAGUCGAACAGAAAACUCCACUAGUCUACGUGGUGAUGAUCAAGAGCCAAGGGGGCGUCUGGAGACAAAUCAUCCAAACUCUUGAUUUAACCACCCGAGUUCCCCUCAACACGGAUAAGAAGGGAGCGAUGUUGCGGGUCCUAGUGGUAGACCCUCAAGGUCUGGUCACUAUUUAUAGCCCCGACGAGGCCAGUUUCCGUGAAAAUCGCAAGAAAAAGAAGACGAUAAACACAGAAAUUAAAGCCACGACGAGCAAGAGUUUGACGACUGAUUCGGACGCUCCCUGGACAUUGCGCGAGGUCUCCCUGAUCCAUCAGAAAGUUUUAGUAAUCGGGGAGAUCGCUUGGGAGCCGAAAGCCAGCCGCGGUGUUUACUUGGUGACUUGGGAAGUGGACGGAGGCGGGCUGAAAGGCAACUUAUUCACCGAUUCGACUUGCGUCACUUUGUCCCUCUGGCCCGAUACGGUCUAUCACAUCCAAGUCGAACUCGUCUCGAGGAUCCCCGGAGUCGAAAAUCUUAAAUCGGAAAUGAUGGACUUGGACACGGGACGAGCACAGAAAGUUUCCACCGAGAGUCAGCAAGAUUUACCAGAAGAUAUCGAUUAUAAGUCGCCCCUCUUGUCCGUUUUAGUGAGUGCGUAUCAAGGGGAGAGUACCAAAGCGAAGUGGUACAGCAACGAUGCAAUGUGGGGGGCGGCUCUCGCUGUGGUGCUCUUCGCGGUACUCUUGGGGGUAGUGUUGUGGAGGUGUAGGAGGAGGUAUGGCAAUGCGAUAGAUAAUAUGAUCACGGGGGCUUCCGCCAUAAGGAGUCAGAAGCUGGUUGAGGACUUUACCGGGUAUACAGGCUUCCAACCAAUAAUAUCUGUGAUGUCGACUGACGAGACCAAAUACGGCAAAUGUGAGACGCCGGAAGUAACAUUUCAAGGUGCCCACACUAGCAAUUUUUUAAGUGAAUCCGAAAAGACUGCACGACACGAAGUUCAAGUGUGACGGCAUAGUUGUGAUGCAAUCAAAACGACUCGCGCCAAACUGGAUGAUUAAAAAAGUUCCUAAGUUUAUGUGAAAAAAUUGAGUGAAAAAGUGUCGCGAGUGAGACAAUUUUUAAAAUGGUCCUAAGUGUAUAUGUGUAUAAAAACUAGUCUAAAUUCGAACAUUUUCUUACGCUGAUAAUGUCGAAGUUUGCUUGAGACUGUCUAAACUGAUUUUGUUGCGAUGAAGACGAAGCAAUUUUUCAAUCGAUGUAGAUUCGAAAUGACUGUGUUAUUAUUUUGUCAAUUUUUUAUUUAUUUUUGACGCUUAGACUUUUGUACAUAAAUUUACUCCCAGUUUUAGGACGUCCAAAAACCGUGAAAACUGUAAAUUGCUGAUAAUCUUAUUGGAAACUCAAUAAUGUAUUUGUCAAUAUUUGGACAGUAGCUGAGUAGUUAUUGUUGGUUAGUUAGCUUCAUACAUCAGAUGUGCUCUUUGUCUCGUAUUUUACGACCGGGCAUCGUCGUGCUCGAGAUUUUUUCCUUCGAAUAAAUCCUUCCCUGCUUGAUUGACCUAUUAUUCCACACCUAGGAAAUUACAAUUUUUAUGAAUAUUUUAAACUCGAGCCAUCGACGUCCGCAUCUAACCGAUCAUUAAAUUAAUUUCGUUGUAAAUACUUUAUUGUAUUAUAAUUAUCUAUUAUAUAUCAUAUAAGUUAUUUUUCUAUUAAACAUGGUCUUAGUCAGUUCCAUGGCUAAAUGUAAAUAUAAUUAUUAUAAUUAUUAUCAGUGGAA